GAAAAACAAACACGUGUGGCACCUUCUUGAGCGCACGCGGUUGUUCUGGCGGAAUUAAAAAAAACGUAAUCAGUCAACAACAAAACCCGGCUUUGGUUUUAUUAGUAACUUCUUGAUCUCCGUUCUGCAAACAAUGGCAAAAUCGAAGAAGGAGAAAGGAGCGGCGGAUGUAGAGGAGGCGGCCGCAGGGAACGAGAGGUCUUACCAGGAGCUCAUCGCCAACAUCAACCCCAUCGCACGGCCGCUGGCCUCCAAAAAACUCAGCAAGAAACUCUACAAAUGUGUCAAAAAGGCCUCCAAGGUCAAGCAUAUUCGACGUGGAGUGAAAGAGGUCCAGAAGUUCCUCAACAAAGGGGAGAAAGGGAUUGUGGUGCUGGCUGGAGACACCCUGCCCAUAGACGUCUACUGCCACCUUCCCGUCAUGUGUGAAGACAGGAACCUGCCAUAUGCCUACAUCCCAUCCAAAGUGGACUUGGGUUCGUCAGCAGGCUCUAAGAGGCCGACCUGCGUGAUCCUCAUCAAGCCUCAUGAAGACUACCAGGAGGCCUACGACGAGUGUUUAGAGGAGGUGUCUGCCCUGCCCAAGCCACUCUGAAAAACACACACACACACGCAGCUAGAAAAGUGCUAUACAAAAUGCAGAUUGACUUGACUUGACACACACACACAUCCACACACACAACCUCUCUGACAAACAUACCGCCCUGUACCAAAACUGCCACGUCACACGCCGAGAUGAGCAAGCAGUCCAACACACACAUACACACUGAUAAACGGCCGCGUAGGUUUACACAGUAAGUUAACACGUACGGCGACCGCCACACCUUCCCCUCGCAUUACUCAGAAGUGAAGCGUUGGACCUCCUACGUCUGGUUUCUUAACUGUAACUGUUCACGCUGAACUGAAACUGAACAGUGUGCUGGAUUUAUGCGGACAUUAUUUUGUAUUUUUCCCUAGUCUGACGACAUGUCUGAUUCAAAAGUUGUGUGAAUAAAAUCCGCCCCACAACAAAGGUAUUAAAUCAUCGCCAGUAUUUUCUGUUAAAAGCAGCUACUCUCCCCUGAAUAUCGGAAUAUUUCGCAGAGGAACUCGUGGCUCAACUCUUUAUGGUGCAGGUUAGGAACAAUCCUUUCGGUUUUAGUUUCAGGGGAACUUAACUGGGGUGACGAGCCAGGUCAGACCAGUAAGAGGCGGCAGCUUGGCUUCCCUCUCCGCAGGUCUGUUCUGUGGUGGGCCGAGGCUUCGGCAUUAUCGCAGGAUUUAAGAGUCCAGAUCAGGAGAGACCCCCAACCUGAGUUAGCAGGAGGAGGAACACUAUUUAAUACUGUUAAAUUCAUAAAUAAUCUUGCUUCAGCAUUCAUCUCCCUAAACUUCGAAUCUUUAAUUCCUUGAAAACUGUUCAUUAAGUGUAUUUUUUCCCUUUGCUUUUACAUGGAACAACUGUGUUGCCCAAAAUGUACAAAGUUUUGUUUGGAUUUUGCAAAUUACGAUUCAGAAGUCUUGAUUGUGAAAACAUUUUUUUAAUUACUAUUAAAGUAUAUAUGAUACCA